GCUCGCCGUCAGCAUCCUGCACCUUUUACUAUUUCACAGUUCUGCAGGAAUUGUCAGUGUAUGCAUUCGCCUUUGCUCAGAAGUAUACCACGGCUGCAAAUGGUCAUGGAUUUUUCUGCUGGAGCCGCCCAAUUUGCAUGAUAUGGAAAUCUAAUUGUCCGCAAUCGGUUCCUUGAACGAAUUUCACCACAUCUCAGCCAUGCGCAGCUCCAAGCUGCUGGCUGCCCUAGAUCCCAGGGCUGGGACUGGGCUUGUCCGUACCAUAUGCGCACAGUCGUCUCGCACUGCUCACCCUUGUACCGGUCAGCCCCUUCUAACAACUUGGAGCCCGUCAAGAUUUAGCUCUACCUCUUCGACGUUGGGUCUGAACGCGUUUCGUUCCGACUUGGCACCCAGAUUAUCCUUCUCCCCAAAACAGCAACUCCAAACCCGCUCGACGAUAGCAUCGCAGCUUCGAUAUUUCUCUGUCUCGCGAAAACUGAGCGAUUCGCAGCAACGAGCGACGGAUCCCGUGAAGGUCAAAGUCCAGGAUACUGAUAGCCAAGGCAGAGAUGAAGAUGCUGAACAAGGCUUCCAACUCUCGGAAAAGGGAGCGCAAGCAGCUCAGAUUAAUCUGAGUGCAAAGCUAGGACGCGAUGCGAAAGAAAAUGGGAACAAACCUGGCUUUAGUGAAGUAUGGCGGCUCUUAAAAAUUGCUCGGCCAGAAGCAAAACACCUCGGGCUUGCCUUUUUCUUCUUGUUGAUUUCCUCUGGAAUCACAAUGUCCAUUCCGUUCUCAAUUGGAAAAAUCAUGGAUAUAGUUACCAAAGGGGAAACCGCCAAUGACCUUUUUGGUUUGACAAUGCCGAUGUUUUUUGGUACCCUUGCGGGGAUUAUGUGCAUCGGAGCAGCUGCGAACUACGGAAGAAUCAUAAUUCUGCGUAUUGUUGGUGAAAGAGUUGUCGCCAGACAGCGAUCAAAAUUGUUCAGACGUACUUUCAUUCAAGAUGCAGAAUUUUUCGAUGCAAACAGGGUGGGUGACUUGAUUUCCAGGCUUAGCUCUGACACCCUCAUUGUUGGAAAAGCCAUUACCCAGAACCUUUCCGAUGGUCUUCGAGCCGUCGUGAGCGGUACUGCUGGAUUUGCCGCUAUGACUUAUGUCAGUGUACAGCUUUCCAGCGUUUUGGCUCUCCUUUUCCCUGUUAUCGGAUUGUCUGCUUUCUUCUACGGCCGCGCAAUCCGAAACUUGAGUCGCAAAAUUCAGAAGAAUUUGGGUACGUUGACUAAAAUCGCCGAAGAGCGUCUCGGAAAUGUGAAGACAAGUCAGGCCUUUGCCGCAGAAAUGUCAGAAGUCCAUCGUUACAAUAAUCAAGUGAAAACCAUUUUCGAGUUGGGAAAAAGGGAAUCGUUCAUUAGUGCAACAUUUUUCAGUUCGACCGGCCUUAUGGGGAAUAUGACUAUUCUUAUCCUCUUAUAUGUUGGAGGAGGUCUCGUUCAGUCUGGGGGGAUCACGGUUGGAGAACUUACAUCUUUCCUUAUGUAUGCCGCCUACGCUGGAUCAAGUCUUUUUGGAAUGUCCAGUUUUUACUCCGAGUUGAUGAAGGGUGUCGGUGCUGCUAGCCGUUUAUUUGAACUUCAGGAUAGACAGCCUAACAUAUCACCUACCAUCGGCGAGAAAAUUGAAACUGCUCGGGGCCCAAUUCGGUUUGAGAAUGUCAGUUUCAGCUAUCCUACUAGACCUGCGGUCACCAUCUUCAAAGAUCUCGAUUUUGAAAUUCCACAAGGCUCGAAUGUGGCAAUCGUCGGUCCUUCCGGUGGAGGAAAAUCCACAAUCACUUCACUCUUAUUACGCUUCUAUAACCCCAAUAACGGCCGUGUACUCAUUAAUGGCAAGGAUAUCGCGAAAAUGAAUGCCAAGUCGCUGCGUCGAAAAAUUGGCAUUGUGUCUCAGGAGCCCGUGCUGUUUUCAGGUACUAUAGCGGAGAAUAUUGCCUAUGGCGUGCCAGAUGCUCCGAGGUCCGAAAUCAUAGCUGCAGCUCGGAAAGCGAAUUGUCAGUUCAUCAGUGACUUCCCUUCUGGAUUAGAUACACAUGUUGGACCACGUGGAGCUCAGCUGUCUGGUGGACAGAAACAGCGUAUUGCCAUUGCCAGAGCCCUGAUCAAGAACCCAGACAUUCUCAUUCUCGACGAAGCCACAUCAGCCCUGGAUGCUGAAUCUGAAACACUGGUGAAUAGUGCGCUUGCAUCACUUCUGCGGGGGAACAACACUACCAUCAGUAUUGCCCAUCGGCUAUCUACUAUCAAACGUUCUGACACGAUUAUUGUAUUGGGCAAUGAUGGCAGGGUAGCAGAGAUUGGCUCUUAUCAGGAUCUCAGCUCUCGGCCAGACGGUGCCUUUACCAAGUUAAUGGAAUGGCAGAUGACUGGGGGAGAGACUGUACCUCAAGCCCCGUUCAAGAAGCCGCCCUCUUUCGAAGAACAAAUGGAAGAGCUAGAAAGGACAGAACGUGAGGGUGACACCGAGGCUGGACAAGACGACCAUGGAUCGGGACCCAAAGUCGGAGUGAUUUAGGCGGCGCAUCAUUGUCUUUUUCGAAACACUCUCCGAUGCUACAAUAGAACCAUACCUUAUAGACCUACCAUCAACCACACCACACUGUCACAGCAAUCUUGCACAACAAUUUUAUGGCAUUUCUAUCCGAUACCCAUGCUCCGAAAAGGCCUUUGUUCGUUGAUUGUUUGAUUGGAUUGUUUUGUAUACCUGUAGAAUACAAACCGACCCCUGUUCCUUUUUCCUCUCUACAUAAGUUUCAAUUCUUGCGAUGAAUAUACAUAUCAUCUUCACUCACAUUACGAGAAUUAUUAUGCGCCCAAUAACAAAUCUUAAAAUUAAUAUUUCAAU